CAAGCAAGAGAGGGUUAGAAGUGACGGCGUGUUGUGUUUUGUAUUUGUUUAUGUUUAAAAGAAGAUUGUUGCAGAACAAUGACUGAUGUUACGGAAACUUCGUGUAGGCUUUGCCUUAAAAAUAUAACCGAUGAAAAUUUUGAAAUGAUAAACAACAUUAUCAGAGACGGUCUAAAUGUUCUUUUGCUAAAAUUGAAACUUGAUGAUGAGAGCAAAGAGGUUAUAUGUAAUGCUUGCAGAAGAAAGUUAAAUGCAGCAUUAGAAUUUAAGUCCACGUGUUUCAAUACUGAUAACACAAUUAUUCGAUAUGUGGAUAGCGAAAAAUUGUUACAGCUCGACUUAAGAGAAGUGUACAUGCAGGAAAAGAAGAGUGAGUUAGUUUGCAGUGAGAAAAUAUGUCGAUUGUGUAUGCAUCCAGUAGAGAGAGAGUUUAGGUGCGUACGUGAAGAGGAACUCGAAGCUAUUCAGAAAUUGACACCUGAAAUGAAUAUAAAUAUCAUCAAAGAUCCCGUUGUUUGUAAUCCUUGCUUCCAUUCUGUGUGUACUCACAACAGUUUCCUAAAAGAGUGCUCAGAGGUAGAAGAAAAAAUUAAAAGUAUUUUUGAUAGUUCAGCCACAGAAAGUCAGAUAGAUACGUCUCCACUCGAUUUAUUCGUUAAGACUGAAAACCUGGAAGAGGAAUUUGAUAUUAACGAGAUGGAAAUGUCGAUCAAACCUGAAUAUGUGGACAUAAAAUCGGAAUAUGAGGAAAGAAGCGACACACCACUGCUGAGUUCCGAUAUUGUACCAUUCGAGGAGAGUGACUGUAAAGAUGAAGUGGAUAGACAUAAAUGUGAGAAUGAAUCAGCAACUGAAUGUAACACGAAAGCCAAGUAUCGCGUGAAACUCAGAGCACAAUCGUACAAGUACAACUUUUGUGAUUUCGAAACGAAGCGAAGGACCAUAUUUAAUAAUCAUUAUAUAAAACUCAAAGACAAAUGCGAUGAGCACGAUUAUAAAAGCAAGUACAAUGCUCUGACGUGCAAGGAUGCUGCUCAACUACCUAUUUAUAAAUGCAGCGUUUGCAACUACAAAUCAAAGAAAAAGAUCCUUCUUGUCAAUCAUCAGUUGAUACAUAAGGAUCCCCUGCAAUUCCGUAUGUAUAAGUGUAAUGACUGCCCCUUCGAAACUAAAUACAAGAGUACUAUCAAAUGGCAUCGAUUGAAACAUAAAGAUCCUUCACAGGUUCAAACGUACAAGUGUAAUGACUGCAAUUACGUAACUAAAUACAAGGGUCACAUCAAACAGCAUCAAUUGAAACAUAAAGAUCCUUCACAGGUUCAAAUGUACAGGUGUAAUGAUUGUGAUUACGAAACUAAAUACAAGCAUUGUAUCAAAAAGCACCUACUGAAACAUAAAGAUCCUUCGCAGGUUGAAAUGUACUGUUGUACUGACUGCGAUUUCAGAACUAAAUACAAGUUUCAUAUGAAAGACCAUCAACUAAAACAUAAAGAUCCUUCGCAGGUUCAAAUGUACGCGUGUAAGGACUGCGAUUUCGAAACUAAAUUCAAGAGGUAUUUCAAACAGCACCAACUGAAGCAUAAAAAUCCAUUGCUAGUAGAAACAUACAAAUGUAACGACUGCGAUUACGAAACUAAGUACAGGAAUAAUAUCAGACAGCACCUACUGAAACAUAGAGAUCCUUCUCAGGUCCAGACAUACAAGUGUAACAACUGUCCCUUCGAAAGUAAAUACAAGCAUCAUCUGCAGCGGCAUCAACUGAAACAAAUAUGCUGCGCAGGUUCUAAAUACGAAUAUGAUAUUAAAAUGCACCAACUGAAACAUAAAGAUCUUUCUCAGGUCCAGACAUACAAGUGUAACAACUGCCCCUUCGAAAGCAAAUACAAGCAUCAUCUGAAGCGGCAUCAAUUGAAACAAAUAUGCUGCGCAGGUUCUAAAUACGAAUAUGAUAUUAAAAAGCACCAACUGAAACAUAAAGAUGUUUCGCAGGUUCAAAGGUACAAGUGUAAUGAUUGCGAUUACACAAAUAAAUACAGGUAUUUGAUCCAAAGGCACCAACUGAAACAUAAAGAUCUUUCUCAGGUCCAGACAUACAAGUGUAGCAACUGCCCCUUCGAAAGUAAAUACAAGCAUCAGCUGAAGCGGCAUCAACUGAAACAAAUAUGCCGCGCAGGUUCUAAAUACGAAUAUGAUAUUAAAAAGCACCAACUGAAACAUAAAGAUCUUUCACAGGUUCAAAUGUACAAGUGUAAUGAUUGUGAUUACACAAAUAAAUACAGGUAUUUGAUCCAAAGGCACCAACUGAAACAUAAAGAUCUUUCUCAGGUCCAGACAUACAAGUGUAACAACUGCCCCUACGAAAGUAAAUACAAGCAUCAUCUGAAGGAGCAUCAACUGAAACAAAGAUGCUGCGCAGGUUCUAAAGGUACUAGUGUAAUGACUGCGAUUACGAAUCCAAAUACAGGAGUGGUAUAAAAUAACACGUGUUGAAGCAUAGAAAGCCUUCACGAGUGCAAAGAAGUUUUUGAGGAGACAUCAAUUGGUGCACGAAAAAUGUUGCGAGUCCUGCCCAUCACAGUACCGUCAAGAAUUGAAGCAAAAUGUAAAGUCUAUCUUGAAAAACGUAAACAAAUUGUAUUAAUAUACAUACUUCGUAAUAUAAACCUGUUCUGUCCAUGUUUAAAAAUA